ACCGCGUUCGCCUAUGAUUCAGUCUGCUUCAACCGCUCGUACCUAUCGUGUGUAUGUCACGCAUCGCUCGCGCUUUUCUACACAGACAACGCUUCUACGUGUACGUGCAUACAUAUGUAUACACACUGAUUCCGUGACUGCUUCGUGACGAUAAACUUUAGAGCCACUUCUUCAGUCAAGCGCAGUCGCUCGAAUACGGUGGAUGUGUUUACGCGUUCGCGCUUCCUCACAGUAGAUCCGGCGUGUUAAAAUAAAACCAUCGCAAACGUGAUCGAUCCUGUCGAACUCCUUUAUCGCGCCACGUGUUCACUGACAUCCACGCAUCUCGACACUUUGCCGUGCUCUUCUCGAGGUAAUUCGUGUCGACGUCGUUGAUGAUUCGAAACGCGCGCUAACGCCAGGUCGACCACGUGAUACGUCGUCGUAUCGACCACCGGACAGUUGUCGCGCGAUUGGCUCGGUUAGAUCACGUGGUAUCGCGCAACGUCAGUUUAGACAACUGUCUGCUCGCAGUAGCAGGUACUUUAGCGUACUUGUCAACGUACUCUCUACAGGAACAAAGAACCUCGCUCUCUCGUUCGGGUCGUCCGGUGUCAUUUUCUGCGCUGCUGCGAAAUCAUCGAGAUUAACUCUUUUUGAGCACGUCGCGUCUUGAUUUUGGACGCGAUCGAUAGAAAUUCGCGUGAACGACACACACUGUCAAGUGUGCACGCAGCCCGGCGAACGCUUUUGACAGAUCGCUGUCGCGGUGACAGUGUCAUCGGUGUUUCAUCAUUCGAAUUUCUUCGUUCGUCAGUCAGUGUCAUCAGGACUGCAGGGCAGCGCGGGAUCGAUUUCGUGGCGUUAGAAAAGUUUGAUAAGUACGGAAUAAGUCUCUUGGCAAAUUUUUGUACCUCUCUCUCUCUCUCUCUCUUCUCUUCUCUUCUCUUCUCUCUUCUCUUCUCUCUUCUCUCUUGUGAGAGAACGAGAGAGAGAUAUCUUUGGACUAAAGACAGCCGCAAGUGUGCCGCAAGUUUUACGUUUCUUUCGCUGCGCCGCGAAUUUCGAACAACACUACUGGUUGUGUUCUCUCGUCGGUCAAGUUCCGCGGCCUGUGGUGCGCGGAUUUAGGACAUGUACAGUAUGAACUAUAUCGCCAAGAUCAUCAGCAACUUCCGUUUGUUCUACAACGAGAUCAACGCUGCGACUCUGACUGGUGCAAUCGACGUCAUCGUCGUCGAACAGCCGGACGGCUCCUUCACGUGCUCGCCCUUCCAUGUUCGCUUCGGCAAGCUCGGUGUACUCCGCUCCAGGGCGAAAGUGGUGGAUAUUGAGAUAAAUGGAGAACCCAGGGAAAUUCAUAUGAAACUCGGAGAUUCCGGUGAGGCUUUCUUUGUGGAAGAAGUUAGUUCAAAUGGAUCUCCAACGGAUACGGAAAUUCCACCACAUUUGGCCUGUUCACCCAUACCUGAUGAUAAUUGUUUUCCACCGCAAAAAUUUAAUCUUUUGUCGGAUUUGCCUCCGGAACAAAGAGAAAAAAUUCUUAUAGAUUCGGUCCUUUCCAUAGAACGCGAGAAAUGGGAGCAGAUGUCCGCCUUGCCACCCGAUCAACGGGAGAAGUUUUUGAUAGAACAGUUCUCAGAUCUUCCUGCGGAACAUCGUGAGAAGUGGCUUCAGAUUGCUUCAUUGACCGUGGAAGAGCGAGACCAGAUGUUCAAGGAAAGUUUUGGCACUAUUUCUCCAGAGCAAAAGCAGCAGAUGAUCAGAGAACAAUAUUCCGCUUUGAAAACAGAGGAUAAAGAGAAAUUGUUCAAGGAGAAUUUUCCGGAACUUUCGGUCGAGCAAAGACAAAACUUUGAGAAGGCUUUACUGAGCGACUGGAAAGAAAAAGAGGAAAAAUGGGAAGAAAAAGAGGAAAAAUGGGAAGGAAAAGAUGACAAUUCUAAAAAUGAAGAUGAGGAGAUAUUUGAUAUGGAUGCCAUCAAUGACGAACAGCCAAAGUCAGCAAUAUCGUGUCCGAAAUCUUUCGUAGCUGUUACGUCAUCUGAGAGAAUUCGUAAAAUUAGUGUAGUGAAGAAUGAUUUUAAGCCGAUCACAGAUGAUCCUCAAAGUAGUAGUAAGGAAAAAUCUAGUGACGACUCAACUUCAUCUUUAAAUAAAAAGAAGGAAGAGAAUAUUGAAGAGACAAAGAGUAACAAUUCGACCAAGAGGAAACGCAAGAGGAAGAGUAUUAUGAAGAAGAAAGGCUCGCAAAGAAAAACUAGCAAUGGUAGCAGUAGCCAGACAGAAAUGAGCGAGACUGAUGGAAUUUUUGCCGAGGAAUCAAUCAGUGAAACAAUGUUGAAGGGACCGAGUCCAAUCAUAGAAGUUGAAAGAAAGAAUGCCGCUGCAGAACCCUUGACAUCCUCUCAAGAUGUAAUUGAAAAACGCCCUGAAACCGAUUUUCACUUCUUCAGUGACUCAGAAGUUACCAAGAACAAAGACUCCAGACCAUGUUCACCCGUUCAGUCGGACACGGAAUUUGAAGUACGUAAAAUUAUACAAGAUGGCAGUGAGAGAGAGGACGACAAGAGUCACCAGCAGAGUUGGAGAUGGGGUGAAUUGCCCAGUCCACCUCCGGAGUCAGCGCAUUUGUCUCAUAGAAAUUCAUUGAAUUCUUCGACGAUAGCCAAUCAGCCGAAUAAAGAUGCACAAAGAUCUAUGCUCAGUGGCAUGUUCUCCUUUAUGAAGAAGACUUCUCGCGUAAGACACAAUCCGGAAUCAGAAGGAAUUUACCUUAGCGAUCUUAAUGCCGACGAAUUGGACCCUGAAGUUGCGGCUCUGUACUUUCCCUCCUCGCAUCGAGGCCCGACGGUGGUUAAAGAUAGAAAAACAAUGGAUGAAGAAGAUACAGAGUCGGGUAACGGACCGAGUCUACCUCAAAGCCCCAACAGUGUUGAGGGAGCCAUUGGUGGACCAAAGUCGCUGGACAGCGAUUUCGAGGAACCAAAGCAUUCUAUUUUCGAUCAUAGCAUAGAAAUAGGUAUGUCCCUAUGUGGCGGAUUGGACACUGAGAAUGGGCCAUCCAAAGAGGCUUUCGACGAAAACUUACUUCAUUUCGAGGACGUUUGCGCCGAUCCAAAACUGUACGAGAAUCCGAACCUGGUUAUCAAGAUCAAUGGGAAAUUUUACAAUUGGACUACAGCCUGUCCAAUAGUGUUGACUUACGUCGUUUUUCAAAGAUACUUACCGCAAAGCGCGAUUGAAAGUCUAUACAUGUCGUUACCGGUGCUUGAGGAUAAGAAGCAACAGAGUAGCAGCAAGUCUGAAACUCGUAGCGGAUAUAGUUCAUGGUUCUCUUGGAGACGUUCUACGCAACCACCCAAAAAACCAAGUGAUCAGAUCGAUGGAAUUGUCGUGCAGAUGUCGGAACAAUCUUUGGAAGCUAAGGUUGUAACAAAUGAAGAAAUACUAGCUAACACAGAAGCAAAGACUGAGCAAAAUACAGAUUUGUCAAAUUCAAGCGAUGCGAUAGAAGCCUGUUCGAGAUUUACAACCGCAUCUAGCGAAACUACGCUCACAAUAACCGAGAAAGAGCAUGAGGGAGAAGGAGAAGGAUAUAGCGGCGGUGAGGAUUCCGACAGUAAUCAUAAUGAACCAGCGGGCAUUAAAAUACCGAUGGAAAGAAGACCGUACUAUGAGUCUACGGAAAAGUAUCGUAAAACUCUACGAUUGUCAUCCGAGCAGAUAGCGAGCCUCGAUUUGAAGGAUGGCGCCAACGAAGUGGUCUUUAGUGUAACCACAGCUUAUCAGGGCACGAAACGCUGCAAGUGUCACAUUUAUAAAUGGAAGUGGGACGAUAAGAUCGUUAUCUCCGAUAUCGAUGGUACUAUCACGAAAUCGGAUGUGCUGGGUCACAUUCUGCCGAUAGUAGGCAAAGAUUGGGCCCAAUCAGGGGUUGCUCAACUUUUCACGAAGAUUAAGAACAACGGCUAUAAGCUACUGUAUCUUUCGGCGAGAGCAAUUGGACAGGCUGGAGGUACUCGGGAAUAUUUGAGGAAUUUGAAACAAGGAGAUUUGACGCUUCCGGAAGGUCCGUUACUUUUGAAUCCUACGAGCUUGAUUUUGGCGUUUCAUCGCGAGGUGAUAGAGAAGAAGCCGGAAGAGUUCAAGAUAUCCUGUCUGAAAGAUAUUCAAGCGUUAUUUCCCGAGGGAUCUGAGCCAUUUUACGCAGGAUAUGGCAAUCGAAUAAACGAUGUAUGGGCGUAUCGAGCAGUAGGCAUUCCUAUAAUGCGGAUUUUUACAAUAAACCAUCGAGGAGAAUUGAAGCAUGAAUUGACGCAAACAUUCCAAUCAUCGUAUUCGAAUAUGAGUUUCAUCGUCGACCAUGUGUUCCCGGCAUGGCGAGAGGACGCAGCCGAUGAGUUCAGCAAUUUUGCGUAUUGGCGAGACCCGAUACCUGAAGUGCCGAAACUCGAGGAGCUUCAUGCUUAGACUCAAGCUACCUAAGAAAUUUUAUUCUGCAACAAUCAUUCGCUUAUAUUACGAACGAUGAUCGUCAUAUUUAGCUAACUUUUAUACUUUGUGCGUUAAUCGCAGUGACCUUGACUGGUAUGAUUAUCCAAUAUAGUGCAUUAGAAGUCUCGAAAGCGCAAUCGUUUAACGUUUUAUUUGAAUGUUAGAUUAUUGUUUCGACAAUUAAGAAAUUCUAUAUAAAAAGAUGGAAAAUUUUGUUAAGUACAACUUAACUUAACUUAAUUUAUGUUUUAAAUUGUACAUUAUAUAUAUAUGUAACUUACAUUACAACGUAAGUUAUAUAUACGCUUAUAAAUUUUGCAUCAUUUUUAUAUAAGAAUAAUUGUUAUAUAAGCAAUCGAAAAAAUAUAAAUCAUAUUUUUAGAUUUUUAUUUAUAGGUGCACGUCACACAACAUUCCAGCUUCAGUUACAUUUAGAUAAUAGAAGAUGCUCGUGUUAACGAUAUUAUAUUAGAUACAUUCUACAUGAUUUGGACUUAAUCACACCAGUCAAUGUACACAGCGUGCCUAGUAAUUAGAUACGAUACAUGCUUCACGGUAUAAUUAAAGUGAGUCUUGCACUAUGCUUGAUGAAGUCAGCAAGCUCUCCCAAGUGAUACUUUAUCAUUCAGUCGAUGUAGAACACAAUUUUGGCAAUUGAUGGUCGAUAGGAAUUUUUCAGUCUUUUGCAUAGUGCGAAUCGUUUAUAUAUUCAUCGCGCAAUACUCGUACUAGAAAACCUCGCUUAUGACUGCAUACAUGUAAGUUUUAUACAAGCAUCUAAUUGUCUACGUACAUGUCAAUUUUCUACAUUGAACUGCGUUGGAAUUUUGCUUAAUAACUGGUGAUAGGAUAUUCUAGGACGUAAGAUAUGGGAGGAUAGUUAACUAUUUAUCGCUUCUUUAUUUUUUUAGAGAACUAUCUUUUAUUUUUGUACGAGAUCUCGAUUAAGUUGGUAUGCUGUGAAAUUGCCAUAUCCUCACAAAAGUUAUCAUUUACAUUGUGAUAUUCUAAUCAAACAAGGAAAAUUGCGAAGUAGAUAAUGUGUAUAGACUUGGAUUUCCUUUAAAUCAAUUGUAGUCAUACAAAAUACGAAUUUAUUCUAUAUUCCGUAGAUCAUAUGUGACGUAGUUUUUAUUUUUUAUUUGAUUGUUCUUUACUCGUGGUUGUAAUAUAUUCUAUUAGGUUGCAGUCUUUCAUAAGUUACCUAAAAUAUGUUAUUGACAUUUAGAUUAAGUUAUUGUUGUGUUUUAGUUGGAUCGAGCAAUUUAAUAUGGAAGUAAAGUUGACAGGUUUGCACUUUAAACUUGGCUCGAAUUAUGUGGUUAAAGCAGUACAGGUACAACUAUAUUCAACCAAAGAGCUACAUUCGCAAUAUAUGUCUUAUUAAGUAUAGUGCACUUUAGGGCAACGAUGCAGAAAGAUUACCGAACGAAUAGCUUUAAAAAUGUCUUUAUUUAGGCAAAUGUAAAAUGGUGCGGAGAGUGACAAACAACAGAAAGAAGUAAUAUUGUACAGAUUUUGUAUUCUUGAUUUAGAGCAGACUUUAAAUUGACUUUUAUUUUAAAUGUAUAUUGUACAUACGAUACAAGACGUAACGGUAUACUGUAUAUUUGUAAUUAUUUAAGUGUAUUAUGUUCGUUUUUUGUUAAAACUAUUAUUCUUAGUACAAAUAAAUCCAAACAAAAUCUGUUUACACAUAA